AAAAAACAAUUAACUAUCUUUGUUAAUAAAUAUUAAUAUUUAUCUACAGAUAUUCAGACAUCGAUAUUCUUCAUUCGUUACAUCUUUCAUCCUUCCUUAAUUUUAUUUUAUUUUUUUAAUCCAUUUCCUUUCCUCCACCGACCCCAAAGCGUCAACAGUUCCACCAAGUGGAGAACUCGCGAACUUCUGCAGGCCCCCUGCAGACGUCUGCAAGACUUGCAAGCGUAACACGGGGCACCGUGGAGGGGGUUGAGCUGCAGCUCCACUGGGGGUCCAACAAUGGUCUGUCGCUCCACCAUAAAAGAUCGUACCCGUUCAACCGCGCCAUGCCUCCCUUUCCAGCCCGAUCUCGUUCCGGUUCUUCGCUAGCUCUAUGCAAAUCGUUCGGUGACGAUGCUCCAGAUCGAGGAACGCGCCGUGUCUCCCGAUCAGUUGAAAAUCGGCCGUCGAGAGUCUCGGUCCUCAUAAACGGUGACGAGCUCGCGGAGAUCUCAUUGCUGCUCGAGAGGACGAAGCAGCCAUGUCGUGGAAGAGGCAGUGUCGUCGGGCCGGUGAAGAAAAAUGGCGGGAAAAAUCAGAGCGUGCGUGGGCGCAGGAUCGAUGAAGAGCGCAAAAUGGCGACGCGAGGAAGGAGACAGGGAGAAUCGACGGAGAAGGGAGAGAGGCCGUCGAGGAAGGGGAUGAAGGAGCAAUCGAAGGGAGCGGGAGGAUGGCUAGGAGAAAGGUGGCCUUGGAUCGAUCUUGAAGAGACGAGGAUGGAUGAUGGGACUCGAAUUAUCUGGAAGAAGAAAGAUAUGAUGAUAAUUGAUCAUUCUUGUGAUUGAUUGAUCGUAUGGCAUUGAUGAAGAAUUGAUUGAAAGAUUAUUUGUUGUUAAGAAUUAAACACGUAUAAUAUAUUAUAUUCUGGAUGAAAAAUAUAUUGAAUUGGAUUAUGUAUAGAACGGAGAUAUAUAUUUUAUAUUGUUAAUCUAGCAAGUAUAUAUAUAUUUUUAAUUACGUUAUUUAUUUCUACAUAAAUUAUAUAAAUUUGUUUUCCUGAAUAGAUUUGUGUGCACAGAUGUAGAUAUUCGAAUGUAUAUGUUGCGAUUAAAACCAGAAUUCUGUCAACA